CUGCCUCUGCGUGGCCCUGGCAGCUGGCCAAAGCCUGAUUGCUAUAAAAGGGAGCUGACACUCAGUCCUGCAUGUCCUCUGUCAACUCUGUUUCAAGGAGACUUGGUGGGGCAGACCCUUGGGCACCAUGCUGACGGACCUGGAGACUGCCAUAAACUCCAUCAUUGACGUUUACCACAAAUACUCCUUGGCAAAGGGAAAUUACCACGCCGUCUAUAGGGAUGACUUGAAGAAAAUGUUAGAGACAGAGUGUCCUCGGUACAUGAAGAAAAAGGAUGCAGACACCUGGUUCAAAGAGUUGGAUGUCAACAGUGAUGAUGCAAUUAACUUCGAGGAGUUCCUCAUACUGGUGAUAAAGGUGGGCGUGGCAGCCCACCACGAUAUCCACCAAGAGUAACAGAUCCUGGACCCUGGGACUGGGCCCUGGACCUGUCUCUGAGAAAAAUAAAGUAAUUGAUACCUCA